AUGUCUCUCGUCGCGGACCUCGUUCACAUGAACAAGUUCUUGACAGCGCAGCGGAGUUGCUUGGCGCCAGACGUUUGGAACGCGGUCGCGGACGCGCAAGCUGGGGCACUGGCGCAGAGGAUGGUGGCGGCUCGCCUUUCGGCGGAGGAGGCAACUGGCCUUGCAGAGACCAUUGCCCAUGGGCCUUGGUCUGAGGCCAAUAGGGGACGCUUGGGGGAGGCACUCUCGCAUGCACUUGCGGGGACGGGGAGCAAGGGCCGUCGCCCCAACCAAGUGCUGAGUGCCGGGUUUUCGGCCUUUCUCAGCCCGAAGGACAAGGAGGUCAUGGCGUCCGAUGAGCAUCCGUUCGUCAAGGUCCGAACGCUUGUAAGCCGGUGCUGCGCUCUGGGGCUCCACUUGCCCAGUGAGAAGGCCAUUGGCCAGGUGGUGGCAGCUGGACUUGAGGCAGGGCUCCAGGCAACGCAUGCCACUGAUCGGCUGGGUCUCAUCCAUCAGUUCAAGCUGCAGCUUCGCAAGGCUUGCAAGUUGAGUCCGGGCUUGGAGAAGUUCAUCCAGGAGUUCCCGUCGUCGCCGCACGCGUUACCGCAGGAGGUGCUGCAGAAAGCUUACAGCGAGGGCGAUCUGCCACCAAGGCAGUCUUCAGAUCUGGCCACACCGCCAGCGCAGUGUGUUCCCUUGAGGAAGACCAACCGGCUUGUUCGGUCCGACAGCGCUGUGGGUGGAGGAGGGAACUCGAUGGAGGCGGCAACAUGCCAGGCCAUGAUGGGCCACGUGUUCCAGAUGUUUCAGGCAUGCGUGAACGGCGGCAGCGCCUCUGGUUUGGUUCCUGGGCUUCAGGUCUUUUCCGACAAAAGGAGGCAGAAAGCAGUUUCCAACGCCGCCUCUCUGUCCGACACGCCUUCGACGCAGAAAGCCGUUUCCGACGCCGCCUCGCUGUCCGACACGCAUUCGACUGAUAAAGCAGACUCGCAGGGCUCGUCUGGUAGCGCGCAGUUCAGCCUUAUGGACAGCGCCUACAACGCACGAUCUGAGCAACAGAAGACCGGCAAGGCGGCAGAGCAAGAAGAGAAAGCAUCCGAAGGAGUUGGGGCUGCCACAACCUUUUACCGGCAGGGGAAGAUUCACAGGUCCGAUGCCACUGAAUCCUGGAGGGUCUUUGUUCACAAAUCGGAUCGGUGCGAUAAGAAGAUCCGUUGGCAUGGUGAUGAGGAGGGCGCCUGGAAGAAAGCCCUGCACAUGAUUGACGGUGCCGCAUGA